CCUACAAAAGCGCGCACCGCGGCCGGCCGGGCGCUUGCUUCGCCUCGCUCCCGCCCGAAGCCACCGCGACGAGAUGGACCGGCACCUGGUGACCCCGCUGGCGCUCACGCUGACGCUGCUGCUGCUGCUGCGCGGCCCGCUGCUCGUCGGCGCAGGGCCGCCUGACUGGAUCAGCCCCGAGAUACUGGAGAUGGUGCAGGCGGACAAGGCGCGCUGCAUGGGCGAGCACGGCACCACCGAGGCGCUUAUCGAGGAGGUCAACCAGGGCCACCUGCCCGAUGACAAGGCCAUCACCUGCUACAUGUACUGCCUGUUCGAGGCCUUCAGCCUGGUGGACGAGGACGGCGAGCUCGAGGUCGAGAUGCUGGUGGGCUUCCUGCCGGAGAACAUGCAGGGGGUGGCCAGCGAACUGAUCGACGCGUGCGCCAAGGAGCAGGGCACCGACGUCUGCAACAAGAUGUACGUGGUGGCCAAGUGCGUGCAGCAGAGGCGCCCCGACCUCUGGUUCAUGAUCUGAGCGCUGCGCGCUGUCGCCGCCGCCGCUCGCUGAGCUGCGCCUCCGCUGCUGUCGACGCGUCGAGGCCGCGCUCGCCAAUGUACAACCAAACCAUGAUCGCAAUAAACGAGAGCAACAAACAAAAA